AUGUGGUUUAUUCUAGCCAAUGAGCUAACGAGCCCGCACAGGCUGCUGGCUGAUUCUCUGGGUACCCGUGAAGGUUACCAGGAUUUCCAAGUCCGAGGUUCUAGUCUCCUGUCGGCCCGCAGGCCUCAAACUCUGAGGAGGCUGGAUCCUUCCUUGGAUAUGUGGGACCUCUCCUCACCUUUGAUAUCGUUAUGGAUAAACAGGUUUUACAUUUAUUUGGGCUUUGCCUUUGGCAUCAGCCUUUGGAUUUGUGUCCAGAUUGUCAUCAAGAAGCAGGACAGGAACUCACAGGAGAAAUCUGUUCCAAAAACAACUCAGGAUUUGAUGACAAAUGGUUAUAUCUCCCUUGAAAAGGAGAAAAUCUUUGUGUCUGGAGUGAAGAUUUUCUAUGGUUCCCAAACUGGUACUGCAAAGUUUGGCCUGGGAAAUUCUGCGUAUGUAAGCUACUUCAACAAGGUUGGCAAAAAUGUUGAUAAGUGGCUCUGGAUGCUCGGUGCACAUCGUGUAAUGACUCGAGGGGAGGGCGACUGUGAUGUGGUCAGGAGCAAACAUGGCAGCAUUGAAGCUGAUUUCAGAGCAUGGAAGACCAAGUUCAUCUACCAGCUGCAGGCCCUCUGUAAAGGAGAGAAAAAAAAAUCCUGUGGUGGCAACUGCAAAAAAGGCAAAUGCGAAUCUAAUCAGCAUGGCUCGGAGGAAACGGAGCCAGGGUCCCACACUCCAGAUGAAUUCCAUCCCAGAGACACUGAGGAAGAAGAGCCCUGUGAGAGCACCAGCGAGGAGGAGUUUGGUUCUGAGGAUCGUCAGGGCCUAAAUUCUGUUGUUGAUGUUGAGGAUCUUGGCAAAAUAAUGGAUCGCAUGAAGAAAGAAAAGAAAGAAAAGGAGCAGCAGGAAGAGAAAACUAGUUUAUUCAGGAACACAGGGAAGAAUGAAGAUGGUGAAAGAAGAGCUAUGAUAACUCCUGCUCUCCGAGAAGCCCUUACUAAACAAGGUUAUCAGUUGAUUGGGAGCCACUCUGGGGUGAAGCUUUGCAGGUGGACAAAGUCAAUGCUUCGAGGGAGAGGAGGUUGCUAUAAACAUACAUUCUAUGGCAUUGAAAGCCAUCGCUGCAUGGAAACCACUCCGAGCUUGGCAUGUGCAAAUAAAUGUGUCUUCUGUUGGCGGCACCACACCAAUCCGGUGGGCACUGAAUGGCGAUGGAAGAUGGACCAACCUGAGAUGAUCUUAAAGGAAGCCAUUGAAAACCAUCAGAACAUGAUUAAGCAGUUUAAAGGAGUACCAGGUGUCCAAGCAGAGCGCUUUGAAGAAGGAAUGACAGUAAAGCACUGUGCAUUGUCCCUUGUGGGAGAACCAAUAAUGUACCCAGAGAUCAAUAGGUUUUUGAAGCUACUCCACCAUUGUAAAAUCUCCAGUUUCCUGGUCACAAACGCACAAUUCCCCAUGGAAAUCAGUUUUAAAAGCCUUAGUGAGAAAGCCAGUACCUUUUCUGGUUAUAUGGUAAACAAUACCAAGUCCAUACCUGUGCCUUUUCUGCCAGCAAGAAAUGCCAAGAGAUCAUUAAAUAAUGAGAACGCUGAAAAGAGGACAAGGCAACAACGUACCGUCUAUAGACUGACGCUCGUGAAAGCAUGGAACGUAGAUGAACUCCAGGCGUACGCUCAGCUCGUAUCCCUGGGAAAUCCUGACUUCAUUGAAGUGAAGGGUGUUACCUACUGUGGAGAAAGUUCAGCAAGCAGCCUUACCAUGGCCAACGUGCCCUGGCACGAGGAAGUGGUGCGGUUUGUUCAGGAGUUGGCGGAGCUGAUCCCCGACUAUGAAAUUGCAUGUGAACACGAACAUUCCAAUUGCCUCCUGAUAGCGCACAAAAAAUUUAAGAUUGAUGGAGAAUGGUGGACGUGGAUUGAUUACAACCGCUUCCAGGAGCUCGUCCAGGAGUACGAAGAUAGCGGUGGAUCAAAAACUUUUAGCGCAAAGGAGUACAUGGCCAAAACUCCUCACUGGGCCUUAUUUGGUGCCCAUGAAAGAGGCUUUGAUCCCAAGGACACAAGAUAUCAGAGAAAGAACAGAUCAAAGGAUAUUUCUGGAUGUUGAGAUUAUCUGUCUUCAGGAUACUAAAGGACAAAAACCGGAUGGCCUCAGAAGGUUCUUGGACUCUGCUGCAGUUCUUCCAAGGACAAAUUAUACAAAUUAUAUUUUAUAUAAAGGAGACUGUAAGGCAAACACGGGGACACAGAGACGACAUCCACACUCGGCAUGCUUGGGACACAGCCCCAACACUUCAUUACAGAGCUCAGUCCCUCUCCUGCUCUUCCUUCUGAGAGGAGAAUGGUUUUUGUGGGGGAAGUAAAACGAUCGUUAUGAGAAUAUGACUGAUGAUUUUUGUAUUGCAAUUAGUAAGGGUUGCUAGAAUGCUGUUCAUGAGAAUGUCAUACAAGGACUAGACACCCAGGCCUCGUGGCCUUUCUGGGCCCUUGGCUUUCGAUGGAGUAGCCACCUAGCAUUGAAUUGUACUGCCCUGAGCUCAGUGUGUCUGCUCCCACUAAGAUUAAGAACUUGAUCCCUUUCUUAUAUCUUAAGAUAACCUCCUGAAAAUAAGUUGUCACAAUUCUCAAUUAUUUUUAAAUACUACAUUAGGUUACUUUAGAUUUUUGGUUAUUACCAACCUUUUAUGAAAUCACGUUGGAUCUAUUUAAUAAAACCGCACUAGAUCUUGCCCCAUUCCCAUACAGAUUACCCCGGAAGUUGACGUGUGGGCUGGAUCAGAGUGA